UAUCUGUGUGCCCCCAAAAGGGGUGACAUCCUGGGUGGGAAGCCAAAAAAUACUGCUGUUUGUGUUUGUACCUCUAAUGUAGCCCCACCCUUUACAGAAAAGCUUACAACUAGUAGAAAAUGGGAAGGUAAGAGCAGAAAAUUACAAAACACCUGAGUCAGACAACAAGUUAAAGAUGGUUAAUUAUUGUCUAGAGCCUGUUUAAGGAUGUAGGCAUAAGGUUGACUGACACAUGAUCUCCUCAUUCCUGGCAGCUGCUCCGGUUCUUGUAGUAUCAGCACAAUCUAAACAGGAAUGUGGAGACUGGAAGCACCCUGUUAAACCUCCCUCAGUCCCAUGCAUGCUUGGAGCGUUUUUUUUUUUUUUUUUACUGAAAGGUAACAGUGGGCAGAGUCAUCACACAGACGGACUGAGCUGGAGUCGGAGCUGUUACUGGAUUGCUCAACAUUUGUGUCACCAGGAGGCAGGACUGGUCGGGCGGAGUGUUUGAGCGCAGAGCUCAACAUCAGAGGAGCGCACUCACCCUCAACCUCUCAGUGAGUGAGGCGGUCUCUUUUUCUCUCUCUCUGUCUGUCUCUCUUUUUCCUUCUGUCUCUUUAGGAUUUGAUUUUUCCUCACCAAAAGUACCUCUGAAGUAACACUCAAAACAGGACGCUGGAUUAUUAGUCUCAUAAAUCUCAGACGGAAGAAAUGGAGCGCACAGUUGAUAGAUUCUGUUAGGACGCGUCCUAAACAAGUGGACUCACUCUCUCUUUUUAAAUCACAUUUUUUCCUAAUGGUAAAUCGGCCCUUUGGGAUGAACUUGCAGUGCAGCAGCCCCGUGGCUCCCUGUAUUCGAAGAGUCCCCCACAAGCGCCUGGACUCAGACGAUCAGCCGCCGGCCAAAUGCGCGAGGCUCAGCGCCGAUUCGGGGGACCCGCAGGGACUCCUCGGCACGUCCCCGAGCUCUCCGGUCGGCCCCGCAGCCAACCCGGUCUCUGCGACCCACCAGGGACCGUCCAGGAUAGGAGCGUUCCUGCUGCUGCCCCUGACGGACCGGGAGAGCGUGCACGGCGCGAUGAACACUGACACCGGUGAUGAGCUGCUGUGCAAGGUCUUUGAUAUGGGGGUGUACCAGGAUAAGAUCAGAGCCUACGGAGUUCUUCCACCUCACAGGAACGUGGCCGGCAUCAGGGACAUCAUUCUGGGGGAGCGCAAGGCCUACAUCUUCCUGGACAAGGACUUUGGGGACAUGCACACCCUGGUGAAGAGCUGCAGACGACUGGAUGAGAAGAUGGCCCGCAGGUUGUUCCGGCAGGUGGUUCUGUCCGUGGCGCACUGCCACCAAGCAGGCAUCGUGCUGGGUGACCUCAAGCUACGCAAGUUUGUCUUUGCAGAUGAAAAAAGGACACACGUAAGACUUGAGAGCCUCGAGGACUGCCGCAUACUUGAGGAUCCGAACAGAGACUCAAUGUCAGACACCCACGGGUGCCCCGCCUACGUCAGCCCUGAGAUCCUCAGCGGCUCCACACCAUACUCCGGCAGAAUGGCUGACAUGUGGAGCCUAGGGGUCAUGCUUUACACCAUGCUGGUGGGUCGCUAUCCCUUCCACGACCCGGACCCAGCCACUCUGUUUUCCAAAAUCCGCAGGGGCCAGUGCUGCUUGCCCGAAGGCUUGUCACCAAAGGCCAAGUGUUUGCUCCAAAGCCUGCUGAGGAAAGAGCCUUUAGAGAGACUAACGGCAGCCGAGCUUCUCGCUCACCCGUGGUUCCACCUGCCAUCGUCGCCCCCCGAUCCAGCAUCGGGCGAGCAGGAGGUGAGCUUGGCAGAGCAGACCGUGCCGUCCUUUGAAGUAGAAGAGAAUGAGGAUCUGUUCUGCUGAUGGACUCGGUAAAGAGUCUGACUAAGAGACCAAAACAGAUCUCGCUCAGAGAGAAGUCAUCAUCGUUUUUGUACAUUGGCACUUUUUAGAAACCCAUUUGUGUACUGUUGUGUGUACAUACAACCUCAGCUUUCAACAGAAACUCACUGUACUGUAUUCUGAUGUCUUGUAUGUGUUACUUUGCUAAGGGCAUUGCUCACAAUGGUCAUUCAUUGUGCAUUUGUGCAUUUUAGAACAAUAGUUGGUGCUAAAAGAAAUCACAAUGACUCAGAAUUUGUCAGAUCGUUUUUAAAAGAAUAUUCUCUGCAGGCUUCUUUGAGUGUAUCAGAUGAAUUUAAAACCCCUUCCUCUGUAGGCUUGCAUUCAUGCAGCUUCACAAAGCAUUAGAUGAAUCUUAAGUGCAAUGGACGGGGUUGCUGUUUUUCUAACUCUCUGGUCAGGCUGACUCAAUGGUUGAUUCAAGGACGGGCCGAGCUUGAGCCCAACGUCCCCAAGUAGACAGUGACACAGAGCAUGAAAGAUGGUUAGGAAGGAACUCGUGUGUCACACUCAGCAUGACACAACAGAGGUGUCUCACUUCCAAUCUGGCAAUGUCUGAGCGAGCGGAGAUCAUUUACAAAUCUCACACCAUGUGCAGAAGGUUGAGAAAGGCAGGAUGUUACUGGUGUAAGACUUGUCACGCUCAGUCAGCAACUAAUAGUGACACCAGAUCUGAAAGAAGUCCUUGUAAAUAACAGGCAGAAUGGAGAAUUUAUAUAAUUUGUGGCCAGGUAUAGAAAAAAAGUUGCACGCAGUGAUGAAAUCUCUGAUCUGUAGUUGCAGCUGUUGUAGCCACAGCUGGGCAUGGGCCAGUAUGAAAUUCACUGAGCUAAAUUUCAGGGUAUUUACAUAAAACAAUCAAAAAUGAUAAACAUGAUCUAAAAGAGAAGAGCAUUAUUAUUAUUCAAAAAAAUCUAGAAUGAAGACUAACUAAAUUUAGUUGCAGUUUUGAAGUAAUCAUGCCUUCAAAAUUACCCAUUUUGUCUGCUGGUUAAUGAGUCAGGCUAUCUGCUCUGUAAGCUAGCAUGCAGGUAUCUCUUAGCUUGCCAAUUGUACUUUUAAAACAGCAUUACUUUCUAAGAGAGAUAGCUCAUCUGUUAGAUGAAAUAGCAAGGCUUGGUGUUUUUUUUUUUUGUGUGGCUUAACAGUUAGCCUUUCUCUUUGUUUGUAAGAAAGUGAAAAGUGUAGCAGCCUUCUUUCAGCUAGCUGACUGAAAGUGAUUAGCAAUUGGUGGGGGAGGGGCUACACUCCCCUGUUUUAUGCUUUUACAACCAGAGAAUACUCUACCACUCUGGUACCAUGGAUUUUAAACAUAGAAACUUUAUGAUAAUUAGUUUUCACGGUAUUAUUUAAACCUGUUACUUUUUAAGACCUUGGUAAACUUUGGUACCACUAACUGGCCCAUGUUACUGGUAUCAUAACCCUAACCCCAUCCACAGAUAAUUUUCACACUAAUGUUUCUGUUUUUAGAAAUAAUGCAUCAAGCAGGUCUCAUUUAAAAGAUUGCCACAUGCCUCAACAGAAACUGAUCAGGCCACUUUGGGAUUUCAGUAGAGAAUCAACCAACACUAAGUUAAAGCGGUAAGACCUCCACCACCCCCAACCCUCCCAAAUUGCAUGUAAUUGUUUGUGAGAAACAAUCCGUCACAGACAGAAAGUGACACUUUGCAUUGAAAAAUAUGAAGAUUUUCUCAGCAGAGCGUUCAAACCUGUUUUUCUUCAUGUCUUCUGGAAAAUCACGUCAGGAUCCUACGCUCGAACAAAGCCAAGCCAACAGCCGAUUGUUGCACCUGCAUUUGCUAUGCUUCGUAAACUGAAUGAGUCUGAGUUGGUCGCAGUCUGACGUUAUAUAAUGUCUGUUGAUGACUCAGCGCUUAAGCGUGUCGGUAGAGACUCACUUUGACCUUGGCUGGAGGAAUCUGUUCAGACCAGUUCCCUUCUUUAUUAGUACUUUUUAAACCAUCUUUUUUUGCUUUUUUUAGUCUUAAUUGUUAGGGACGUGAUGUACAAAUCCUAAAUGAGAUAUUCACGUUGUUUGGUUUGACAAAAGAAUGGAGAGUUUCAGAUCUGUUGCCAGCCAUUUCAUUCUGAUACAAUAUUCUUGACAAUGGUACUAAAUCUGGUACAUCUGAGGAGUGAUAACCUUUAAUUUCAGGGUCACACAGUAGCUUAUUAUAAAAACUGUUCUCUCGUUUGCUGGAGAUGGCAAGAGACUUGUGAUAACUUUCAUAGUUCCUCACAAAGAAGUAAUUUAAGAAAUUUUUGAUUUUGUUGCUUUAUAUAUGUAGAGUGAGUCAUACAUGUGACAUGUAGAGUAAACUGACACAGGUGCACAUUCUCCAUAUUGCACUGUGAAUCAUGUGUUUGUGACACAACCUGGAGGCUUCAUCACCCCCAAACGGUUACAUGUCAGAGAUAUAUUCAGUGUACAAAGUUUGUAAAUAUGUAUAUUUGAAGUAUAUGUGGAAUUAUUGAAUAAAGAUCACAGUUUUUUGUA